CCGAGCAGGAGGUGGCAGCCAGCUCUCGUAGCCGUGAUUGACAUGCAGGUCGCUUCCCAGCCGCGUCUGAGCUCAGACAUCCGAGUCACUGGCGCUGAUGUUCGUCCUUUAAAAUACUACGAAAUUCCUAUAGCAGUCAAGAAUAUAGAGGAUGCCUUUGCUACGGACCCAAUUGUGUCGUACGUGCAAGGUCCUCUACCUACUUGGCGGAAACUCUUACACUGCGUCGAAAUCGCUUUGCAACUCGUCGCUGACAUCAGAGUGCGCGGUGCGUUGACUGUACACGGCGGUGAUGCUGUCGCUUCAAUUCAGUUUCCAGGCCCAGAAGAUAAGCUUCACAAAUUUCUCUUCGCCUUUUGGCGCAGGGUCAACAUGGGCUGUGCAACCCCCGAACAAAACAAGCGUAAGAAGGAACUCGGAGAUAAAUGGAUGAAAGCGCAAAAGGAGGCUUUCGGUAAUCGCUCCGAGGAGAUGAUGCAUCUAUAUAUUCUGGCCACAGCACCUAAGAAGCAAGGAAAUGGUUAUGGGACUGCAUUGGCAACAUCUGUCACUACAAAGGCGGACUCCAUCGGCUGUGUCACGGCCUUACUUUCGUCGAACGUCCUCAAUACCGAGUUUUACCAGAGCUGCGGAUUCUCUACCGUUGUCGAAUUCACACUGGGGGAGAACAAUCCUGCGUGGAAAAAAUCGCCUGUCAUUGCACGCUUGAUGGUUCGUGAGCCUUACAGUGCAUGGAGCUCAACGAGAAAGUCAGCUAGGACCACUAGCGACAUGUGAGGCGCCAGAUUGAUGCCACCCGAGUUAUUAUGGCUACCCACUAGGGUUGUAUUACAAUAUUUCAUCGACUGACUACUCCAUACGGUGUCGAUAUCUGCUGGACGCAUUAAUGUAAUGCAAGAACGACCAGGAAGCACUCGACACUUCUACAUAUUCUGCCAACAAGUGUCGACAGAACAAAAGAGUGCAGGGUUGUGAAAGAUGAAGGCUUUAUAGCAACGAGGGUCAGAGAUACAUAGUUUCCAAACAGUAGGCGUGUUGACGGGUAGGAUCUCGCAACGAGCUCUUCGACUUUAGU